CGAUUUGUUUUGUUCUGAACCCGUUGCCUAUGUUCGCAAGAUCAUCAAGGUAUUGGUUUUUGAAGAAAUUCUUGACAUUGUUCGUCUCUGGUCUCGUCCCUGUCGAGUUUUCAGACUUCUGGCUCGGUGACCAAUUCUGCAGUCUUACAUUCUCCCUUGCUUCCCUCUGGACCCUUGCAUGUUCAGUCCACAAUGACUGGGCUCCCGAUAGCUAUGAAAAAUGCGGACUUGCGCAUCAUUGGCAGACGCCGUUUGUUUUGAGCUGCAUGCCGUCGUUGAUACGUUUUGUUCAAUGCCUAAAACGUUAUUCCGACAGCGGACUUCGCAUGCACAUGAUCAAUGGCGGAAAAUAUCUAUCGAGUGUGAUGUACUAUGUUUUCUACUACCUGUGGAGGCACAACGGCGCAAAAAUCGGAGACACUGCCUUCAUUCUGCUUUGCCUUAGUGGAUCAGUCAUGUCACUCUACACAUCGGCAUGGGACCUGCUUGUAGAUUGGUCCUUACUUGAUCCGAUGGCGGAGUACAGGUUCCUCCGCACCGAGCUCUUAUACAGGGACUAUAUUCCGCGUUAUUAUUUUGCAAUCGUAUCCAACGAAUCCUUCGCAGGGCCCACUGGAAUAUCUGUGCGUCCCUGGUGCCCCAUCUGUCUGAAUUUGUAAACUUGACAUUUUGACACAUGAAGACCGUCUGGAAAACGAACAGCUGGGUAACAUGGACCAGUACCGGGCAACGCGGGAGAUUCCACUGCCGUACACCUUCCAAGAUGAAGGCGAGGACGACAAUCGAGCCUCGACUGGUUUGAAAAAGGCCUUCUCGGGACGCCUACGGGACUUCAAUCUCCCAUCUGUGCGUUUACCGCAGAUGAAUACAGGGCACAUCCACGAGGUUCCAUAAGACAAGCUUGUGUGAACUAACUCUUCGCUUUGCGGACGUUGCGUGUGUAGAUUGGGCAUUUGUGUUAAGUGACCGAAGCAUGCAACUAGUCAUCACAAGCCGUGCCGUGACCACUCACCCAAAUAUCAUGUGUAACCACAAGAGCUUUAUGACGGCGUCUACUCUCUCUCUCUGCAGACCCACAUGUUCCUCUGAAACUGUUCGUAUGCGCUAUAAAAAUACUCUUUGUAAAUACAGAUUCUUAAAACGUCUGAGAUAUUAG